GGGUCACGUGUCUAGUUGAUAGUGAGCAAUAGACCUCGCCGCUUUCUUUGGCAUCGCGCCUAUCAGGGUCACGUGACCAGUGUGUGUGACGUAGACAGGAUCCUGGACUGGAGGAAAGAAGAGUACAGGACUCGCAGAUAAGGUCUUCUUUGUAAGAUGAUGGUCAUUUCCACCAAUGACCCACCAAGGAUGGAGAAGGACAGAAACCAUGUGGCUACAACAAUAUUAGACCUCACCCUUGAGAUCUUCUCCUUGAUAACGGGAGAGGAUUACACAGUAGUGAAGAAGUCGUCUGCUAAGUGUGUGAGACCUCGUACGUCAAGAGGACGGAGCAGGGCCCAGAGCCUCAUCACCGAGCCUCCACCUCAUUCACUGAUACAUGAGCAGAAGAUCCUAGAACUUACCAACAGGAUCACUGACCUGCUGAGCGGAGAGGUUCCUGUAAGGUGUCAGGAUGUUGCUGUCUAUUUCUCCAUGGAGGAGUGGGAGUAUUUAAAAGGGGAGAAGGACAAAAACCACAUGGCUACAAGGAUAUUAGACCUCGCCCUAGAGAUCAUCUCCUUGAUAACUGGAGAGGAUUACACAGUAGUGAAGAAGUCAUCUGCCAAGUGUGUGAGACCUCGUGCGUCAAGAGGACGGAAAAAGACCCAGAGCCCCAUCACUGAGCCUCCACCUCAUUCAAUGAUACAUGAGCAUAAGAUCCUAGAACUUACCAACAGGAUCACUGACCUGCUGAGCGGAGAGGUUCCUAUAAGGUGUCAGGAUGUCGCUGUCUAUUUCUCCAUGGAGGAGUGGGAGUAUUUAGAAGGACACAAGGAUCUGUACAAAGACCUCAUGAUGGAGAAUCACCAGCCCCUCACAUCACCAGAUGAAUCCAGUCAGAGAAAUCCACCCGAGAGAUGUCCAGAGGAAGAGCAAAAUAACUCACUGGAUCAUCAGGACAUCACGAUGGAGAAUCAUCAGUCCCUAACAUCACCAGAUCGUUCCAGUCAGAAAAAUCCACCCGAGAGAUGUCCUAGUCCUCUAUGUCCCCAGGACUGUUCAGAGGAAGAGCAGAAUGUCCCACUAGAUCAUCAGGACAUCAUGAUGGAAAAUCACCAGCCCCUCACAUCACCAGAUGGAUCCAGUCAGAGAAAUUCACCAGACAGAUGUUCUAGUCCUCUAUGUCCCCAGGACUGUCCAGAUGAAGAGCAGAAUAACUCGCUGGAUCAUCAGUCCCUAACAUCACCGGAUGGAUCCAGUCAGAGAAGAUAUCCCAGUCGUCUAUAUUCCCAGGACUGUCCAGGGGAGAAGCAGAAUGUCCCACCGGGUCAUCCGUUAAAAAUGGCCUCUAAAGGAGACUUCACCCGUCUCGUCUGCAAGUUCUGUCGGAGACUGCAGGGAAAACUGUCGGUGCACCUGCGCAGGGUUUGCCUAAAAACAGCAAGCGAAGCAGAGAUCAGUCAAUGUGUGACGGAAGCGAAGAAAAACCUCCAUAAAAUAAAGGCUUCUUUCAGCAUUGUUUCAUAUGAAGAGCUGAAUUUUCAGAAAAGCAGCUUUUCGGAUCCGCAGUUGUUCUUUGCAGAUUUCUUGCAGAGACGUGGCUCCCUUAUUGUAGAUAGACCAGCUGACAGGCGAUCUUCUGAUGAAGAGGAUGGAUCAGAAAGUGAAGACAUCGAAGCCACUCGGUCCAGCUCUCCUGUAUCGCUGCGGAGGACGCUGGCUGAGGCUGGCAUCUACAGAAAACAUGACCUGGGAUGUCCAUUGCUGGAAAGCUUUAAGCACUACCUGAAGCUUCACUACACCCUGCCGACCAUCAAGCAGAUAAUGGAAAACGUGGCCAGAUAUCUCUACUUCGUUAACCCUCAUGAGAUCACUUUAGAAUUUAUUAGCCACCCGGAGAAAACCAAAGCGUUCAUCCAAACCUUCUUUGAUUCGAAAACAUCAGAGGGAACGGUGAAACUCUAUGUUUCACACAUUGGCCUUUUUGUUAAGUUUGUCCUCUCAGAACAAUUCCCCAAUGCCAUAGAGGAGAUAACAAAGCAGGACGCCAAGAUCUUUCUGGCUAGGCUUAAAAAAAUGACUGGGGAGACUAACCCGAAGAGAAGGAAAAAGCAAAAGCAAAAGAAGGGGGUUUUGCUUUCCCCCAAGGAUUGUCGUAAGGUGCUAACAGUGGCAAAACCCCAUGUGCUAAAAAUCUUCAAACGGGCUGAUUCAGGUGUACUACUGGAUGACGGAGAAAAAGUGCUUGCAGGUCUUUACCUUGGGGCCUUGCUCAGCUUAAAGCACCUCUGUAAGCCAGCUGUUGUCCAAAACCUGACGGUAAAAGAAUGGCUUCAGAGAAAGAACUGCAACCAGUUUGAAGACACAACAGUGACAAUUAUAACAAUGCCAAAAACCAUCAUUGUGCUACCACAAGAGGAAGAGCUACUUUUCAGCAUUUACUUCAGAUGCAUCAGGCACACAAUGCUGGAUAAGGCUUCAAAUGAAGUUCUCCAAUUUUUUGUAUCGACCAAAGGAAAACCUAUAAAGAAUCCCAGCAAGAACCUUCAGAGGCUCCAAGUAAAGUUUCAGCUGCCCUCAGUCUCAAUGCAACAGGCUGAAGAUUCUACCAAGAGGUGGGCACAUCUGAAUCUCCCCGAGGAACGUAGAGAUGUCCUCAAUUCCUACAUACACUUUGGCGAACAGAAAGAGGAGGUCAACAAAACCAAGUUAAUCGAGGCCAUGUUCAUUUUACACCGCUUGGAUGAUGACAAUCAAAGCGAGACCUCGAGAAAGAGGAAGAGGACAGAAGAUGAAUCCGAGGAAGGUAGUGAUGCUGAAGAUCUGGUUGCCAUGAAGGAGAAGUGCUUUAAAAGGUUAAUUGAGAGGCACCCCGUUAUACCUCAAAAGCACCUUCCGUCUCUAGACACCUGUAAACAGGUCAGCGAGCGCUAUGCUCAGUACUGCCAAGAUAAAUGGAGGCGCAUGCAGUGCAAGAUUCGUAUAGAGGAUGUCAUCAAACACUUCAGGAAGUGUCCAAAUAAGAAACAGGUUUUGGCCUACGUGAAGCAACAGGGUUGGACCUCCAAUAUUCCAAAAACCAGUGAUGUUCUGGAGGCUUGGAGACCCCACAAAACCCGACGGAAGGAAGAAAACUUGCAAAACUUUGAAAGCAAGGUGGAGUCUCAAGAAUGGACAGGGCUUGCCAUGGUUGAAGAAGAAACUAAAGGUGGCUAUUCGAUAAAGACAACUCAAGCCUUCAAAAAAGGAGAUGUUGUAUGUGAUUAUCACGGGGUCCUAAUGGACGUACAAAAAACACUAAAGGAUGACGAGGGCUGUCUCUUCUUUAGUGUUAAAGGGAAGAAAAUGUGCCUAAAUGCCACAAAGGCUCCUUGUGGCUGCCACCCACACAUGCCUUCCACGUUUGGAAGACUUGUGAAACAUUCAUGCAAAAAAGACAAUUUGAAGGCUGUGCUGGAGUAUGUGCAGGAUGGGAAAGUGCCAGUCAUACUUUUCGAGGCUGUGAAAGACUUAUCUCCUGGUACAGAACUUUUUUUCAAUUAUAGAAUGUAACUCAUAAGGAGAUGGAGGUGAUCUGGACUGGCCCAACACCUGAGAAGUGCAAUAUCCAUACUAUUUCAUGUAUAUAAUUAUGCUGAUCUGUUAUAUAACCACAUGAUUGUUGCUGCUGUUUUUGGAAAUGGUCUGUUCAUUAUAGCUAGCUCUCUGAAUUACCUGAGGGUUGGCUAGUAAUCACCACCUGAGGUGACCAACUAAUUCUUUGGUGAACAUAAUCUCUUGCUGAAAUCGAGCAAAAAGGGGGCAGGACUGUGGGACUUAACUUGGGCUGAAACAAGAGCAUCACCGACCCAGAGUUUUCUGCUAGCACUUUCAAUUCCCAUAUGGUUCCCGAGAGUAGUAAUCACCACCGUAAGUGAACGACUAGCCACUUCUCGGGUCAACAUCAGAUUAAUUCAGACAGCAGAGAAAAAAUGCUUUUAGCACCAUUUUGCGCUCACUAUUGAGAAUAAGCAAUAGUCUAUAAGUUGACUAGAGCAGAGAACGGCUUGCAGCCAUGUUGACUGUGUGGUUAUUUUCUGUGGCUGUUAACCCUUAGGAUACCGGAGGUUUUUUUCGUUUUUGUUUUCGUUUUUCUUCCCUAUGUUCCUGAAGCCAUAA